AAAAAAAAAAAACACAAAACUCAAGCUGCCUCUAAAGCUGGGUGUGACUUAAAAAUAAAAUUUCAGUUGCUUUUCGACACUUUGAGUAGAAAAAUACGGCUAAAAAUUUGUAAGCGGGUGAAACGUUAAAAACGUUCGUUACCAAAAAGCAAAACAGCAAAACAACAACUACAGAGCGAAUAAAAUAAAUUAAGUGUUAAAAACCAAAAAUAGAAUCAGCAAAAAUAUUUAACAAGAAUUUUAACAAAUUAUACAACAGCAAUUGCAAAAGAAAAUGACCCAAAAUUUUUAUUAUAAAAAAGUGUAAUGAAAUCCAUAAUAAUAUUCAAAAAGAAAAUUAAAAAAAGUUCUAAAAAUUUUCUAAAAAUAAAUUUCUAUUGAAAUUAAACCAACCCAAAAAUUACACAUAUACACAUCACACGGGUUUUUGCCCUUUCUCCGCUUUUGUAUUAGAGAAAAGAAAUUAUUGCUUUUAAUCUCAUCACCCUCGCAUUGUUUGUGUUGUGAUCAUGUCCUCCAGUGAUUCAAGUCAUACCGUUACUCAACAUCCUUUGCAGGAUGUUGAUCUCAGUGUAAGCAAUGAAAAUAUUGCACACAGCAGUGGUAACCCAAAUGCAAUGGAAACAACAACAAAAAAUGUGAAUAAAGAAAAUUGGGUUAAAUUUGAUGACGACGUCAAUGAAGGUAUUUUAGGUACCACCACCACCAAUGCCGCCAAUAACAACAACAACAACACCAAUAGCAGCAGCAACAAUCAUUCCAUUCACAACGAUAACGAGAGUCGCAUGAAUGCAAGUAAUGCUGCCGACGUUGGCAUUGCGCCAACGCCAACAAACAGGUUAACACCAUCACCCAUACCACCACCAAACAAUCCCAAGAGAAUCUCUGCUGGCGCUGCUGCUGCAGCGGGAGCCAUCUCUCGACCACGUACUCCAACACAACAAGCGGAGAGCGGCAGCUCACAACAGCUGCAUGCCAUACAAUUGGAUGCGCCAACACAGCGUCCAACGGUUCCGUUGUCCAUACCGGAUGUGGCUGCCCCGGCUGUUUUAACCACCGAAAGUACGCAUGUCGAUUUGAAUGCGCCCGCUAAGACACCACCAACACACCAGCAAAAUUUACAGCACCAUCAACAUCACCAAAAACCUACUUCAUCAGCACCGGCUAAUAAUUUAACGUCUUCCAAUAAUGUUGCCCCCACCGUCAACAACAACAACAACACUCAUCACAAUCAGCAAGUACCACAUCACAGUAAUCAUGCUAAUAAACAUGGUCCAGUAUCCUCAUCGGCAUCAACAGCCACAUCACCUUCGACAUCUGCAGUGGCCAAUAAUGUGGCAAUACCAGUAGAAUCUCAGCCACCAAUGAGGACAAUCGAAUUAUCCACCGGAAGGAUACGAGAAGGAUUUGCCAAUGGAGAUGUCAUUGUUACCUUAUUACCUGCCAAUACCAAAUUUCCAUGGGUAACACCAGCAAUAUUCAGGCCAGAAUUAGUGCCCGAGGAGCUUAUGGCUCAAGGACUAACAUUAACCGUUGAGGAAUAUGUGCAUGCCAUGGAAACAUUGGUUAACGACUAUCGCUUCACCAUGUAUAAUAUUUGCUAUAAGCGCAUUUUAGUGUGUUGGAUACUAUUCGCUUUUACCGUAUUGUUGACUCUGUUGUUCUCUGGUUUACAAGGUGUGGCACUGUUCUCACUGGGUGUGGGUUGGCUAUUCCUUAAUGCUGCAGCCAUAUUUCUGUGCAUGUGGGUGAAAUUGCGUUUGGCUCGAGGUCUGGAAAAGUGUUUGGCAAGGGUCAACAAACAGCUGAUCAAACAUAAGAUAUUGCUUAUACUCGAUGAUCGUGGACGCAUUUCAUGCCAUAAAGUGAAUUUAUGUUUCCUCUACUUCGAUUCGGGACCAUGUGUGAAUUUUCUGAAUGAGUUUCUGGAACAUACCGAACAGAAUGGUGGUGAGAAUAUAAAGGCAGGAUGGGAAUCAAAGUUGGAUAUUGAUUUGAAUGAUAUUGUCAUACAAGGAUCGACGCCAGUUAGAGUGUCCAGGAAACAGGCUGUGGCCCAAGAGCUUUAUCUCAGCUAUUUGCAACGUUGGGGCAAAGACUUCCUAAGGCGUCGCCUCGAUUGGACGGUCCAAGAGGCCGGUGUACAUGAAACGCCUCGUCACCUGCAAUCAUCCAUCUGUCCCUGUCAAUAUGAGGAAGAAGUCCUGCGCAAUAAAAUCAAAAUUCACCUGCAACGCAAACAAUGCUGUGGCAUUAAUUGCCUAGGCUGUUGGUUGUAGAAGUCAGCACCAAAAAACAAAUAACAAACGAGAAACAUUGAUAAACAAAAAAUCACAAAUCACAAAUCAAAUGCCAAAAUAUGCAAAAUCGCACGGAAACGUUAUAACCUAAACCCCAUCAACACAAGGGGGCCAAUAAAUAAGUUUAAACACACA